AUGCUCACCUACCUUGCUCUCUGGUUCCGCAUCUCCCUUCAUGGACAUACCGUGCUGGAGCACGAGCCUCGGUGCAGCCGCUUGUGUUCAUCUGAACAAACUGCUUCCCGAACGCAGCUGUUCAGAAGGAGGAGGUCCAAAGGCGAGUGCGAACCGAAGCAAAGCCUAUUAAAGGGACAGUGGACAGAAGUCUGUGAAGAUAUACUGUGCUCCUGUCAUGCUAACUACCUUCAGUGCCUGUACUGUUUUGCUUCCUGGUAUUACGACUCCUGCUUGCCUCCGACUAUGAUCCUGUGCCGCCAUUCAUGA